AACACCCGCCAGUGAAUAAUGAAUGAUUUCAUUAAUAGCCUUCAUCUCAAAUCACAAUCCACGUGUUCUGCUUCCGCUCCUGUGAAUGCUCGCUUGACUGGCUGGCGUUUCCUAGGCCGCACGAUUCGAUAAUUUGUGUUUUGGUGCUUCACCCAUUGGCCUCUUCGCAUACACAGCGCCCCCACAAACACUCUUCCGGCGCCUGGUGUCCAGUUCGCUGCCGGAGCAGGUUUGACCUAGACUUCUCAUUCUUGCUAUAGUUAUCAUGGCUGCAGCUGCAAGCUUAUCUGAUGCUCUGGCUCAACUGAGUCUGAGCUCAAAAGAGCUAAGCGGAUCGGCUUUCGAUGCCCGCGUGGCCGACGAGGAAAAUGGCAUCUACAGAGAGGCCAAACCGCGACAGAGGAAUCAUCAGAAUGCCGUCGAUCUUAAGGAAGAAUUGGAACAACAGUUCCUGAAUCCAUCGGCCCGUUUUGGCUCGGAAUGGCUGAAUCGCCUCCAAAGGAGGUGGGAUGUUUCCACGGACUAUGGAGAUUUGUUCGACAUUGCGGGAACUCAAUCACGAACCGUCGUUCGAUUCGAUCGUGAUGGCCUCGAAGGCCGUGUUACUGGCUACCAUGAGGUCACUAUUCCUGCUACCAGUGCGAAUGCAAAGAACUCGACGUCCCUCCUACGUCGACCCGCUGGCCGUGCGGAUUUUGUCAGAGGUGCAGCAGGGUUCUUUCCAUUUGCUCCAGGCGGGCUCGAGGGCGUCGAGGCGAUUGCUGAGAUGGAAUCGGAUCCUCAAGUUGCAGAGUAUUCCAGAUCCAGUGGCAAGCAGUCCGGACUGGACCGAAUCAUCAGUUUUGGUACCGAGGGCGGUCUCUUAGAGGUUGCCCCUGGGUUUUCUCGUGGAAUGAAAUUUGAUGAAGCAAAGUCCAAGGAAGCUGCCCAAGGAGAUGAAGAGGUGGAACAUGCUUUGCAGCAAGAAGAGACCGAGCUUCGCGUCGAGCAGGAUGAAACGGCUUCCGAUGCUGGGGGCGUCAAAAUCGACGAUGAGGCUGAGCUAAGUGACGAGGAGGAUAUUGACUCAUUGCUACCAGUUGAAUUUCCAGCAUUGGAACCCCACGCUCCACUUCUUGCAGGUGUCCAACAAAGGAAGAGCGGAAGGGAAUGGGCUCAUGUUGUUGAUGUCAACAAAGAUAUCCCGAACUUCCGUGAGCUCGUGCCAGAUAUGGCCCGUGAGUGGCCUUUCGAAUUAGACACCUUCCAGAAAGAGGCUGUCUACCAUCUGGAGAACGGUGACUCUGUUUUUGUUGCUGCACACACUUCGGCUGGCAAGACAGUCGUGGCCGAAUAUGCUAUUGCCUUGGCCUCCAAACACAUGACCAAAGCCAUCUACACUUCGCCCAUCAAAGCUCUGAGUAAUCAGAAGUUCAGAGAUUUCAGGACCACCUUCGAUGAUGUAGGUAUCCUGACGGGCGAUGUCCAGAUAAAUCCUGAAGCAAGCUGUCUUAUCAUGACUACCGAGAUUCUACGGAGUAUGCUUUACCGCGGAGCGGAUCUUAUCAGGGAUGUGGAGUUCGUGAUUUUUGACGAAGUCCAUUAUGUCAAUGACCUUGAGAGAGGUGUCGUUUGGGAAGAAGUCAUUAUCAUGCUCCCGGAGCACGUUACCCUGAUCUUGCUGUCUGCUACCGUUCCUAACACUUAUGAAUUUGCAUCCUGGGUCGGUCGCACAAAGAAGAAAGACAUCUACGUCAUUUCCACCCCUAAGAGACCAGUUCCUCUUGAACACUAUCUCUGGGCAGGGAAAGGGAUGUAUAAAGUUGUCGAUUCCAACAAGCGUUUCCUUGAAAAUGGCUGGAAGGAAGCAGAUGAAAUCAUUUCUGGCAGGGAUAAGAUCAAAGCCCAGAAGGCAGCUGAGGCCCAAGCCCAGUCACAGGCAAGCCGUGGCGCGCCGCAGGGUAGAGGGCGCGGACAGGCUCCUGGCAGAGGUGGUGCUCGAGGCAACUCGCAGCGCGGAGGCGCCCCUCGUGGUAGAGGACAACCAGCUAACAGGGGAACCGGAAACAUUGCCCGCACAGGACGUGGUGGUGGAAGGACUACAGCUGCGCAGGACAAGACUAUCUGGGUGCAACUCGUUCAGCAUCUGCGGAAGGAGAAUCUGCUCCCUGGUUGCAUCUUCGUCUUCUCGAAGAAGCGAUGCGAACAGAAUGCUGAUUCGCUAUCUAAUCAAGACUUUACGACCGCUGCUGAAAAGAGCUUGAUUCACAUGUUCAUUGAAAAGUCUCUUACCAGACUCAAACCAGAAGACCGGACCCUCCCGCAAAUUCUCAGACUUCGAGACUUGCUCAGCCGGGGUAUUGCCGUACAUCACGGCGGUCUCCUACCCAUCAUGAAGGAGAUAGUUGAGAUUCUUUUUGCCAAGUCACUGGUCAAAGUACUUUUUGCCACGGAGACAUUUGCUAUGGGCCUGAAUUUACCUACUCGUACAGUAGUCUUUUCCGGCUUCCGCAAGCAUGAUGGUAAAGGUUUUCGGGAUCUUCUCCCCGGAGAGUACACUCAGAUGGCCGGACGUGCUGGUAGAAGAGGUCUUGACACAGUCGGCUAUGUGAUCAUCGUGAACCCUGGAAGAGAUGAGGCACCGCCAGCUGGAGCUCUGAGACGGAUGAUCUUGGGCGAUCCGACUAAGCUACGAUCUCAAUUCAGGCUCACGUAUAACAUGAUAUUGAAUCUUUUGCGUGUAGAAGCUCUGAAGAUUGAAGAGAUGAUCAAGCGAAGCUUCAGUGAGAAUGCCACCCAGGCCCUUCUUCCGGAGCAUGAGAAGCAGGUCCAGCUCUCCGAGGCCAGCCUAGCGAAGAUCAAACGCGAACCUUGCGACAUCUGUGACAUCGACCUCGCGGCCUGUCAUGACGCAGCCAUCGAGUAUGAGAAGCUGACUAGUGAACUUCAUGUGGGAUUGCUUUCCUCGCCAGUCGGAAAGCGCUUGUUUAUGCCGAAGCGGCUGAUUGUGUACAGAAAGGAUGGAUUCCGUACGGCGGGUAUCAUUGUUCGGGAGGGCAUCGGAGGAGGCGCUACGCCCACCAUACAGGUUCUGGAGAUCGGAAGAAUCGGCAGCAGGCGUCAUCCCAGCGACAUUCUUCCAUUCCUUCCUGAGUUCCGGCAUCGGUUCCAGUCUUUACCCACCCGUGCCGCAGAUAUGACCCUUAAGACCUCUAAGAUACCAUUGACGGAUCUUGAAUGUAUUACAAACACAAUGAUCAAGUUGGGUGGCCCGAUAUGGUACCUGAACAUCAAAAAAGAGGCAAUGAAGUUCGCGGACAAGGAGCUUGUGAAGUUUUGUGCUUCGUGGACACAACCAGCCUGGGAUGAAAUGGACUGGACCAGAAUUAAGGAGCUGCAGGUCAGGGACAUACUAGAAAAGCGUCAGCAACAAGCGGCGAUCGCCCAGUCAUGCCGAUGCCUGCAGUGUCCAAACUUCUUGAAACACUUCGAAAUGCAACACGAUGAGUGGCAGGUCAAGGAGAAUAUCUCGCAGUUGAAGCAGCUCAUGUCCGACCAGAACCUCGCGCUGCUCCCUGAUUACGAGCAACGCAUCCAGGUUCUGAAGGAUCUAGGCUUCGUAGAUGAGCAGGCGCGAGUGCAGCUCAAAGGCAAGGUAGCAUGUGAGAUCCACUCAUCGGAUGAGCUGGUCUUGACAGAGCUGAUUCUUGAGAAUGUCCUGGCGGAAUACGAACCCGAAGAAAUUGUCGCGCUACUGUCUGCUUUCGUUUUCCAGGAAAAGACUGAGAAUGUUCCCACAUUGACACCGCGUCUUGAGAAAGGGAAGGAGGCGAUUGUUAAGAUCUCAGACAGGGUCAACGACAUUCAGAUCCAGCACCAGGUCAUUCAGACCAGUGAGGACAGCAAUGACUUUGCUAGUCAGCCGCGGUUUGGGCUAUCAGAAGUUGUCUACGAAUGGGCGAAGGGCAUGUCGUUCAACCGCAUCACCGAUCUCACUGACGUGAUGGAAGGCACUAUUGUGCGGACUAUCACUCGUCUGGAUGAGACCUGUCGGGAGGUGAAGAAUGCAGCCAAACUGGUGGGAGACCCCAACCUCUAUGCCAAGAUGCAACAGGCACAGGAAUUGAUCAAGCGAGAUGUUAUCUUUGCCGCGUCUCUGUACAUGUGAGAUGUAACAGAGGAAGGGAGAACCACGUGCCCGUGGAGACGGCAAUUGUCUAUUUUUCAAACCCAUGAUGUUUGAGAUUGCGGUUCAAUGAUUUAUUAGGAAUGAAAUGAGUGAG